AUGGCGUUUCCCUCUGUUUCCUCCUCCAUUUCCCAUCUCCGCCCUUCCUCUUCUCCUUCUCUUUCUCCUCACUCUCCUCUUCUCUCUCCCACUCACGCUCUCUCCCUUCUCGAUUUCGUUGCUUUCUAUGGCAGGUCCAAUAGAACCAGAAGGAAAUCAUCCCUCUCGUAUUCCUCUUCUUCGUCUUUGCCUAAUCGCUCCUUUCGUCACUUCACUUCUUCCAAGUCUUCUUCAUCGAUCAACGCGGUUCUCGAUCUUCCACUCCGUUCUUCUCCUCCUCCUUCUUCUUCUGAACCCCUUCCUAAGGUUGCAAAUUUGGAUGACAUAAUAUCAGAAAGAGGAGCAUGUGGAGUUGGAUUUGUUGCCAACUUGGAAAACAAAGCAUCCCAUAAGAUUAUUCAGGAUGCUCUUACAGCACUAGGCUGUAUGGAACACCGUGGUGGAUGUGGAGCUGAUAAUGAUUCUGGUGAUGGUUCAGGAUUAAUGUCUUCCAUCCCAUGGGAUCUUUUUGAUAAUUGGGCCAACGGGCAGGGAAUUCCUUCAUUUGAUAAGUUGCAUACUGGCGUUGGCAUGGUUUUUCUCCCCAAAGAUGAUGGCCAAAAUAAAGAGGCAAAAGAAGUUAUCGCAAGUAUCUUUAGACAAGAAGGUCUUGAGGUGCUUGGUUGGAGGCCCGUUCCUGUGAAAGCUUCUGUGGUUGGUAUAAAUGCAAAGAAGACCAUGCCAAACAUUGAGCAGGUAUUCGUCCAAGUAGUUAAAGAAGAGAAUGUGGACGACAUUGAACGAGAACUUUACAUUUGUAGGAAAUUGAUUGAAAGAGAAGCAAACUCUAAGAGUUGGGGAAGUGAGCUAUAUUUCUGUUCUUUGUCGAAUCAAACUAUAGUUUACAAGGGAAUGCUUCGCUCAGAGGUUCUUGGAUUAUUUUAUGAUGACCUUCAGAAUGAUCUCUAUAAAUCCCCCUUUGCAAUUUAUCAUCGAAGAUAUAGUACAAAUACUAGUCCUCGAUGGCCUCUUGCCCAACCAAUGAGGUUACUGGGUCAUAAUGGAGAGAUCAAUACGAUACAGGGAAACUUAAAUUGGAUGCAAUCUCGAGAAGCCUCCUUAAAGUCAUCUGUAUGGCGGGGUCGUGAAAAUGAAAUUCGUCCAUAUGGCAACCCAAGGGCAUCGGAUUCAGCCAAUCUCGAUAGUGCAGCCGAAUUGUUAAUAAGAAGUGGCCGUGCUCCCGAGGAGGCUCUCAUGAUCCUUGUUCCUGAGGCUUACAAGAACCAUCCUACCUUGAUGAUCAAAUAUCCCGAGGUUGUUGACUUUUAUGACUAUUACAAAGGUCAAAUGGAGGCUUGGGAUGGACCUGCUUUAUUGUUGUUCAGUGAUGGAAAAACAGUUGGUGCCUGUCUUGAUCGUAAUGGAUUGCGCCCAGCUCGGUAUUGGCGCACAUCAGAUAAUUUUGUUUAUGUUGCAUCUGAGGUUGGUGUCUUACCAAUGGAUGAGUCUAAAGUUACAAUGAAAGGCCGUCUUGGUCCAGGAAUGAUGAUUACUGCUGAUUUGCAGACCGGACAGGUCUUUGAGAAUACAGAAGUUAAAAAACGUGUAGCAUUGUCAUAUCCAUAUGGAAAGUGGAUCAAGGAAAAUAUGCGCUCAUUGAAGCCUGAGAAUUUUCUUGCAUCAACGGUAUUGGAUACUGAUAAAUUGCUGAGAAGCCAACAGGCAUUUGGCUACUCUAGUGAGGAUGUCCAAAUGAUUAUAGAGAGUAUGGCUGCUCAAGGAAAGGAACCUACGUUCUGCAUGGGAGAUGAUAUUCCACUGGCAAUAUUGUCUCAGAAGCCACACAUGCUCUAUGAUUAUUUUAAGCAACGGUUUGCACAGGUCACAAAUCCAGCAAUUGACCCUCUCAGAGAAGGACUAGUCAUGUCUCUUGAAGUAAAUAUUGGAAAACGAAGAAAUAUAUUAGACAUAGGACCCGAGAAUGCUUCACAGGUAACUUUGUCUAGUCCUGUUUUGAAUGAAGGAGAGCUUGAAUCCUUGCUAAAGGAUCCAUACUUGAAGGCCCAAGUAUUGCCAACAUUUUUUGACAUACGUAAGGGUGUUGAUGGUUCUCUGGAAAAAAUUCUAAACAGACUUUGUGAUGCUGCUGAUGAGGCUGUUCGCAAUGGUUCUCAACUGCUUGUUCUAUCUGAUCGUUCCGAAGAGCUUGAAGCAACUCGCCCAGCAAUUCCAAUUCUUCUUGCUGUUGGCGCUGUUCAUCAGCAUCUUAUUCAAAAUGGCUUGCGAAUGUCAGCUACUAUAGUAGCAGAUACUGCACAGUGCUUCAGUACUCAUCAGUUUGCUUGUUUAAUUGGAUAUGGUGCAAGUGCUAUUUGCCCAUACUUGGCUCUGGAAACCUGUCGGCAUUGGCGUCUCAGUAACAAGACUGUAAAUAUGAUGCGGAAUGGAAAGAUGCCUACUGUAACGAUUGAACAGGCGCAAAAGAACUUUUGCAAGGCAGUGAAGGCUGGUCUUCUCAAAAUUCUUUCCAAAAUGGGCAUUUCUUUACUAUCAAGCUAUUGUGGUGCACAAAUAUUUGAGAUCUAUGGAUUAGGAAAUGAGGUUGUAGAUUUUGCGUUUCGUGGGAGCAUAUCAAAAAUUGGUGGGCUGACGUUUGAUGAGUUGGCCAGGGAGACUUUGUCUUUCUGGGUGAAGGCAUUUUCUGAGGAUACAGCUAAGAGACUAGAAAAUUUUGGAUUUAUACAAUUCAGACCAGGAGGGGAGUAUCAUGGAAACAACCCUGAGAUGUCAAAGUUGCUCCACAAAGCUGUGCGCCAGAAAAAUGAAAGUGCUUAUGCAGUAUAUCAGCAGCAUUUGGCUAAUCGGCCCAUGAAUGUUCUUCGCGAUCUUCUGGAGUUCAAAAGUGAUCGUGCUCCAAUACCUGUGGGUAAGGUUGAGCCUGCAGCAUCUAUCGUUCAACGCUUUUGCACUGGUGGAAUGUCACUUGGAGCUAUUUCAAGGGAAACUCAUGAAGCGAUUGCUAUUGCAAUGAACAGAAUUGGUGGUAAAUCCAAUUCGGGAGAAGGUGGUGAGGAUCCCAUUCGUUGGAGACCUCUAGCAGAUGUUGUUGAUGGGUAUUCUCCAACACUGCCACAUCUUAAAGGCCUUCAGAAUGGCGAUACUGCCACUAGUGCUAUUAAGCAGGUUGCUUCUGGACGUUUUGGUGUCACUCCAACAUUCUUGGUCAAUGCUGAUCAAUUAGAAAUCAAAAUUGCACAAGGUGCAAAGCCUGGGGAAGGUGGUCAAUUACCAGGAAAGAAAGUUAGUGCUUACAUUGCAAGGUUAAGAAAUUCCAAACCUGGUGUUCCGCUUAUAUCUCCACCUCCACAUCAUGACAUUUAUUCUAUAGAAGAUCUUGCACAGUUGAUCUUUGACCUUCAUCAGGUGAACCCAAAGGCUAAGGUAUCAGUGAAGCUGGUUGCUGAAGCUGGAAUUGGAACGGUGGCUUCUGGGGUUGCUAAGGGUAAUGCUGAUAUUAUACAGAUAUCAGGGCAUGAUGGUGGAACAGGAGCUAGUCCUAUAAGUUCCAUUAAGCAUGCUGGUGGUCCUUGGGAGCUUGGACUGACAGAAACACAUCAGACCCUUAUUGAAAAUGGACUUAGAGAAAGAGUCAUUCUUAGAGUUGAUGGUGGCUUCAAAAGUGGAGUUGAUGUCUUAAUGGCCGCAGCAAUGGGUGCGGAUGAAUAUGGUUUUGGUUCAGUUGCCAUGAUUGCUACUGGUUGUGUGAUGGCUCGUAUAUGCCACACUAACAACUGCCCAGUUGGUGUUGCCAGUCAGAGAGAGGAGCUACGUGCACGUUUUCCUGGUGUACCUGGCGAUCUUGUCAACUAUUUCCUUUAUGUUGCUGAGGAGGUAAGGGGUACAUUGGCCCAGCUGGGAUAUGAGAAGUUGGAUGAUAUUAUCGGAAGAACGGAAUUAUUAAGACCCCGAGAUAUCUCUUUGAUGAAGACACAACAUCUCGAUCUCAAUUAUAUUCUUUCUAAUGUUGGAUUACCAAAAUGGAGCAGUACUGAAAUCCGCAAUCAAGAUGUUCACACAAAUGGUCCUAUUCUGGAUGAUAUCCUACUUUCAGACAAUCAGAUAUUAGAUGCAAUUGAGAAUGAGAAAGUAGUACAAAAGACAGUGAAGAUAUAUAAUGUUGAUCGUGCUGUUUGUGGGCGUGUAGCAGGGGCGAUUGCAAAGAAAUAUGGUGACACUGGUUUUGCUGGCCAACUGAACAUUACGUUCACAGGUAGCGCUGGACAAUCAUUUGCAUGCUUUCUUACACCUGGAAUGAACAUUCGGCUUAUAGGAGAGGCCAAUGAUUAUGUGGGAAAGGGUAUGGCGGGAGGUGAAUUAGUUGUAACUCCAACCGAAAAUACUGGAUUUGUUCCUGAGGAUGCAGCCAUAGUAGGGAAUACAUGUUUGUAUGGAGCAACUGGCGGUCAAGUUUUUGUUAGAGGAAAAGCCGGGGAGAGGUUUGCUGUCAGAAAUUCACUUGCUCAGGCAGUGGUUGAAGGAACUGGUGACCAUUGCUGUGAGUACAUGACUGGUGGUUGCGUUGUUGUACUUGGCAAAGUGGGAAGAAAUGUAGCUGCUGGAAUGACCGGAGGCUUAGCUUAUAUUCUCGACGAGGAUGAUACUCUUAUUCCGAAGGUGAACAAAGAAAUUGUAAAAAUCCAGAGAGUAACUGCUCCAGUGGGGCAAAUGCAGCUGAAGAGCCUCAUCGAAGCCCAUGUUGAAAAAACUGGUAGCAGCAAAGGUUCCGUUAUCCUGAGCGAGUGGGAAACUUAUUUACCGCUCUUCUGGCAACUGGUUCCACCUAGUGAGGAAGAUACCCCAGAGGCAAGUGCUGAGUAUGUAAGAACAGCUACUGGAGAAGUGACCUUUCAGUCAGCCUAAUGGAUCAAAACAACAAUUGCUUUGAUCAUGUGAUUAGUUUGCAAACACUGCAACUCUACGACUUCUGGGUUCGGAAUGGGAAUUCUUGAUACAAAAGACGCACACGUAACUCGACGGUGAAGACUAUAUGACUUGGUGGUGAAGGAACCCUGUUCUACCAUUCAGCAGUGUAAGCCUUCUCUUGUAUUGAUCCCUCUGUAAAUAUCAAUUUGCAGCAUAAAAAUAAUAUAUAGAUUUCAUGUAGUUUAGGUUUCCGAAUUCUUGUUGAAGCAAAGCAUCUGUUUAUACUUUAAGUAAAAAUAAAUUAGCCUUGGCUCGUUAUUAUUGGCCAUUGCUUUCUUUCUCCUAGUUAAUCUGCUUUCUUGCAUUUCAGAUUUCAAAAUUCUCCGAUUAUUUUGUACUCACAUUCUGUAAAACAUCAAUGAACAAUGUCUAUUCUUAUAGAUUACUCA